AUGGUAGACGAGCAUGGCGAACUCAAGCCAAUUGUAUACAUGCUCGACCCGUACCAUCCAAGAGCCGUAGCCAGAUGCCGGGAGCUUUUCCAUCUGAUCGGGCCCAAUGAUCCUCAAAAUGCGGAAUGGAAAGAGAAAGCUCGCUACGUCUUGGUCGGGCAAUGCAAAAUCACAGCAAAAGACAUCGCCGAAGCACGACGUCUCCGAGCUAUUGGAAAGCAAGGUGUCGGCAUCGAUGGAAUCGACCAGGCUGCGUGUAAAGCCAACGGGGUCCAAAUCUUCAACACGCCAGGCAUCAACAAGGGCGCUGUUGCAGAGUUGACACUUGGGCUCGCAUUGGCUGUAGCGAGAGAGUUCGGACCUGUGACCAGGAAGCAGACAGCGGGCAUCACGGUCGCCAAGAAGAUGUGCUCGGGGCAGCUCCUAUCUGGCAAGAAAGUCGGCAUCAUCGGCAUGGGAAAUAUCGGCACUGCGGUCGCCCGAGCGUUCAGAGGCGCGCUUGGAGUCUCGUUGAUUGCAUACGAUCCAUAUGUGCCAACGACCACUUGGAAUGAUAUCCCGCAUACUCGGGUCGAGAACCUGGACGAUCUUGUCCGGAAAGCCGACGUUGUCACUCUUCAUUGCCCUUUGAAAGAAGACACUCGAGACAUGAUCUCGUACAGGGAGAUGUGCCUGAUGAAGCCGACGACGAUCCUGAUCAAUGCAGCUCGUGGCGGUGUGGUUAACGAGGACGAUUUACUCCGAGCCUUGCAGGAGAAAGUGAUUUGGGGGGCAGGAAUCGAUGUGUACACUCAGGAGCCUCCAACGCCGGAGAGGUAUGGGAAGCUGUGGGAGCAGAAUGUUAUUUCGACGCCGCUUUUGGGCGCCGCGACAGAUAAAACUCAAGGGGACACCGCAGUAGCGGCAGUGGAGAGGCUGUUCGGAUUUGUAGAGCAGUACUAG